AACGUUUUGCAAAACAAACUCGUGGAUUUUGCAAGAAAAAUUUAGGAUUUUCCUUCAGAAAACCGGAAAUAAUUGCUCCAAUUUUGUGAAAAAUGGGUAGAAAAAUUCCUGCAAAACGUCAUCGUGGUGUUCGUGAUCCAAUCAAGCAGAAUCGUGAGAGAUUUUUAAAGAUUAAGGAUAAAAUCGACAAUCCUCCUGUAAAUAUCAAAGAACAACCAAUUUCACGUGCAACUGCACAAUUUAUCAAACUAAAAGAAGAAGCAAAAGCUGGAACUUUUAAGCAAAAGUUUGGCGUUGAGGAUGUUCCCAGGCCAAUCAAGAAGAAAAAUAAAACUGAACAACCACGUCCGUAUAAGAAUGUUCCGGAUCACAAACCCUACAAAUGGGAGACACCUCGUGAUUUUUUGCGCCGUGUCAGUCGCACGACGCAAAAUUCACUAAAAGAGGCUCACUAUGAGGCCAAGUACAAUGUGGACAUUCUGAAGGAGGAGUCAGGAGAGGUAAAAAUAUUAAAGAGAACAGACUCAAAGGGGGCACCAGUCCAGAGCAGAAUUGUCAAGUUGAAUGCAAAGAAGAAGCUAAAAAAAGAAAAGAAGCAAAAAAUGAGGGAGGAAGAGAAGGAAACAGACAAUCGGAUUUACAAGAAGGAUGUCGUCAAGUUUGGAGAAGUUUGUCAUCGUCCGCCGGAGCUUAAGGUAAUCCGUAAAGUUAAUAAGAGUUUGGAAGAAAUUGCACGACCAGGGAGAAAGAAUUUGCUUCUGAAUUCUCUCUUAAAGUCUUAAGAAUAUCUUUUUGUACCAGAGUUGUAAAUAUUUUGGAUUAUAGAUUAAAGAUUAAAUGAG